CACUUCAAAUUACCGAAGGAAGAAGAAUACAGCUGCUGUAGCUCCUAUAUGCAUUUUGCAUUAAUAUUUUCCGCAUGUUUUCAAAGCAAUCAAAACGUUUUGCUUAAUUGGAUUAGCCCACCUGAGAGCCCCGGCUGGAGGGAACAGAUUGAGAUCCUCUCCUCUCCAGCAGCAUCAGUGGACCAUGGACAGUGAGGGCAGAAAGGUUGUCGUCUGUGACAAUGGCACAGGGUUUGUCAAGUGUGGCUUCGCUGGCUCCAACUUCCCAGAGCAUAUCUUCCCUGCCUUGGUGGGUCGGCCCAUCAUCCGGUCAAACACCAAAGUUGGAAACAUCGAGAUUAAGGACCUGAUGGUGGGUGACGAGGCCAGUGAGUGUCGCUCCAUGCUGGAGGUGUCCUACCCCAUGGACAACGGCAUGGUGCGCUCCUGGGAAGACAUGCUUCAUCUGUGGGACUACACCUUCGGCCCCGAGCGCCUGGACAUCAGCCCCCCAGACUGCAAGGUGCUUCUGACGGAACCGCCCAUGAACCCCACUAAGAACCGUGAGAAGAUCGCUGAGGUCAUGUUUGAGACCUACCAGUUCCACGGCAUCUACGUCGCCAUCCAGGCCGUGCUCACUCUCUAUGCCCAGGGUUUGUUGACAGGCGUGGUUGUGGAUUCGGGGGACGGGGUGACCCAUAUAUGUCCUGUGUACGAGGGCUACUCUCUACCCCACCUCACACGCAGGCUGGACAUCGCUGGACGUGACAUCACGCGCUACCUCAUCAAGUUGCUGUUACUGCGUGGCUAUGCCUUUAACCACUCGGCUGACUUUGAGACGGUCCGCAUGCUGAAGGAGAAGCUGUGCUACGUGGGAUACAACAUCGAGCAGGAGCAGAGACUGGCUAUAGAGACCACCGUGCUGGUGGAGUCAUACAUGCUGCCUGACGGUCGUCAGGUGAUGGUGGGAGGGGAGCGGUUCGGAGCACCGGAGGCCCUCUUCCAGCCCCACCUCAUCAACGUAGAGGGUGCAGGCGUGGCUGAGCUGCUGUUCAACACCAUCCAGGCUGCUGACAUAGAUCUCAGGUCUGACUUGUACAAGCACAUUGUUCUGUCAGGAGGCACCACUAUGUACCCCGGCCUUCCCUCCAGACUGGAGAGAGAGAUCAAACAGCUGUACCUGGAGAAGGUGCUGCAGGGGGACACUGAGAAACUUUCUAAGUUUAAGAUCCGCAUUGAGGACCCCCCAAGCCGUAAACAUAUGGUGUUUAUGGGUGGAGCGGUGCUGGCCAACAUCAUGAAGGACAAGGAGUCCUUCUGGCUGAGCCGGGCUGACUACCUGGAGAAAGGCCUGAGGGUUCUGGACAAACUGGGGUGUGGCGUGAAGUAGAGGUGAAAUCGAGGUGGUUAGCUAGGGUCACACACACACACACACACACACACACACACACACACACACACACACACACACACACACACACACACACACACACACAGACACAGACAGAGAUAAGGUCUGGGGGUGCUGGACAAUCUGGGGUGCAGCAGUAGACAGAAGUCUGGGAGUCCUGGGUUACAUUCACUAGGCUCCAAAAAACGAUGUGCUAAAAACAACCCUAUUUGGGUUAUUUAGUAACUCAGCGCUGGUUAAAUAGUGGACAGAACACCUAGGGUUAUUUUGACCAACAAGUUGGGUUGUUGGGAUUACCCAAACAUGGGUUCAUUUAGCCAUCAGUUGGGUAUUUUUACUCUCAUGCUGGGUUGACCUAGCAGCUGGGUCUUUUUUAAUAUAACCCUUAGGUUCUGUUCAGGAGGCGUGACUUAUUAGGGGUGUGUCUUUCAGCUAGCUCUUAUUGGUCACCCAUGAGUUUAAAUGUCAUUACUGUUCAUUACAGUUCAUUACAGUAUGUUAAGUCUGUUGUAAGAGAAUAUCAUUUUCAUAUUCGUCACUGUCAACUUUCCAAGUUGUUUCAUACUGUCAAGUUAACAUAUUGUAUUGCAUACAAUACAACAAUUAUACAGUACAAUACACUUGUAAGUUUCAUAUUUUUACCAUUUGAAUUCUCACUGUGUCUAAUGGAAUCAUUUUGAAGUAGCCAUUGUUUCAAAUGCAUAUGCAAAUAAAUAUAACUGACGUUAGCCUAAACGUUAGCCUAAACGUUAGCCUAAAUGUUAGCCUAAACGUUAGCCUAAACGUUAGCCUAAAUGUUAGCCUAAACGUUAGCCUAAAUGCCAAAUUGAAUAAAGUGAAUGUCAUUGUUUUUGAUGACUGACUAGCAGUGGUGGAAAGUACUUAAAUAAAAAAUACUUUAAAUUA